AUGUGGCAUAUACUAUGGAUACCAGUUCUAGUGCCAACUUUAAUAAUAAGAUCUAACUGUGAUAACAAUCGAACACAUUCUGAUGUAUACAUUCAAUAUUCCGGCCACGCCGAAGCCGAUGAAGCUGAUCUACCAGAAACCAUACCGUAUACAACGAAAAAAACAACUACAACCGCAGCGCCCACAACGAAAACCUCAACUACAGUUAAUAUAACCGUUUUAUCUGUAACAACUCCUAACACAACGAUUGUAACAACGCCUAAAACUCCAGCUCCGACAACAGAAACAACUACAACUACAACGACAACGAUAAAACCAGUUACAACAACUACAGUUGAAAUGAGUGAGGAACAGACGGAUGCUGUUAUCUUUUUACCUGAUGUAAGGACUGGGAGACGAGAUGACGGAUAUAUAGAUGGUAUGCAUAUCAAAGAUUUGCUGAUGAAGCCGCUGCCCGAAGUAAUGAACAAUAAGUUCCACGAGGAGAAGUUGUUAGAUGCUCAGAAAGAUGCUGUAGUAUUUGUAGCUGGCAAAAACGGUGAAAUCGACACAGACAAGAAACAAGAUACAAACGCAAACUAUAAUUCUAAUCAGGUUGACGAUUAUGAAGACCCAAAUACUAAAGUCCCACCAAUACCUAGGUUGAAUUGCAGUAAUCUAGAUUGCAAUAACAUAAUACAUUCCAUAUGCGGAGGUAAAAUAGUAAACAGAGAAUGGAAAUAUCGUCUAUUUCUAAACGAUUGUUAUUUUAGGAAAGUGAACUGUGGGUACAAGUAUAAAGUCAAUAGAUACAUACGACUUCCUCUAGACAAAUGCAAGACAACAGGAACACACCAAGUGGAACGACCUUUUUCUUUCACACCUAAAAUCUACAAUUUUGAUAAGGUUGAAACGAAACCUGAAUCGCUUAUUCGUAAAGGAUACGCUUCAAGACGAUCAAUGACAAUGACUGCUAAGGGGGAGUUCUGUUCACAUCCGUGCCCGGCUGCAUGCCCGGACAAUUAUGACCCUGAAUGCGCCAUAUCGGCUACAGGACAGAAACGGGUCUUCAUGAAUCAUUGUAAAUUGGACGAAAAUUCUUGUUUUUAUAGUGUCGUGUGGCACAGAAGUCCUCUGUCUGUUUGCGUGGGGGGCGACAAGGCUAAUAUACAUCAGAGCAGAAGCUUUAUCAGUUGGAUGCAAAGAGUCGGGAUACUGGAUGCCAAGGGGCAUCUAGUGUUAGAAUAA